AUGUAUAUGAGAUACAAGGGUCCUAAGACGGACCCUUGUGGCACCCCAUCCCUCAUAUGUAGAAUAUCACACGAUUUAGUGUAUGCUACGGCAAAAGAGGUGAGGGCUGACAUUAUUGCUCUGUGUGAACCUAAUAAAAACAUAACUAAGAGCGGAGGCUGGAUCACAGAUGAUAAAACGGAUGUAGCAAUAUUCGUAAGAAAUAAAAAUAUUAUUAUCUCAGAAAUAGAGAAAGGGUCAGGAUACGUGAGAAUAAAACUCGAAAAGUAUAAUUUCUAUUGCUGCUACAUUUCUGCAAAUAUUCCGAUGGCAGAAUAUACCAAAGUUAUAGACGAAAUCUUUGAAAAUGUAAAUAAACAUAAUACACGUUCAGUAAUAGUAGGAGACUUCAAUGCAAAGUCUCUCGAAUGGGGAUCUCGUAAAACGGAUGAUAGAGAGAGAUUACUAUCAGAAACAUUAGCAAGCUUAGAUUGUGUUAUCCACAAUGAUGGAAUUACGUCGACAUUCCAACGAGGGGAAAGCAUUUCAUUUAUAGACAUCACUUGCUCCACGGAGAACAUGGCACGGAGUAAUACAAAUUGGAAGGUCUUAGAACAAGAAUCCCUAAGCUACCACCGAUAUAUAUACUUUAAAAUAAUAGACCAAACAAUUAAAUAUAUAACACCUAGGAAAAAAGUAGUACUGAACGAGGAGAAGUAUAAAACAAUCCUCCGGGAGGAAAUUAAUGUAACAGAAAUAGAAAAUAUAAACUUUGAGAGAGGAAUGGAUAUAAUCCAGAAGGCCUUCAAUAGGUCCAUAGACACAAAAAUAACUAGAAACGAAAUGCCCUACUGGUGGAACUGA